CUGUGAAUUUUUGGAUGACAAUGGCCAACUGCUUUGUAAUGGCCUCUCUUCUCACAAGAGCCACAGACUGCAGACUGGCAGGAGGUGUCUCAUUUAUGGCUCGGGAGAAAACCGCUGUUUCCACAGGGUCUCUUGGAACCCUUUAGUGGAGUGUGUGGUUUGUGCGGAGGCCUAAAGCUUUAGAUGCACUGUACAUGUUUUGCGGUUUGUUGUGACUUGCUCAACUCGAGGUUAUAUGAGUGUCUGGAGUUGAUAGGGGCCUUAAACCCAUACCAUUUCACAUUUUUUGAGUAUCUGGCUUUUGUCUUGAGCUACAGCUUGUCGUCUUAUUUGUUUAGCCUCGUUGAGGGUGAGCACAAGCUUAAAUUGGAGUUCUUUGGACAGAUUGUUGUCCCCCACUCUGGAAACCGUUCUGUCUCUAAUGAGCUUGUCUUUGAGGACUCCAUAGCUGUAGUCUUCUACUAGCCUGUGCAUAUCUUGGAUAAAUAAAUAUAUUGACACUCUCUUCUGGUCACUGAGCGCAUUUGUUGAAUUUUGCACAGGCGGAAAUUUAUUUUCUUGCGGGCAUCAAAAUGAGAAUCAAAUGUCUCUAACAUUUCCGAGUAAGUAGCAGAGCUUUCCUUGACAGUACUUGACUGAUAUGUUUGUGAAGAUGACAUCCACUACCUCCCCCACAGUGUACAGUAGAAAACUGAUCUCUGACUGUGACUUGUACUGCAGACUUGUGCAAGAACAAAAUCUGGUGAAACAUUGUUUCCAAUGAGGCCAUAAUUCUGCACCUUUGUUUUCAAUGGGCUGAUGAACCUUAACCACCAUGUCGUGUUCAGCCAUGAUUCAAAUAGUAAAGAAAUAGCACUUUAUACUGUUGUCAACCGCUGCAACCGUAUAAUAUUGUUCGGUUUGUGUGUACGAACAGUUUUUGAGAGAGUGAAGACAUACAUGCUUGAAAAUGCUCUUCGUUUGAUUUUAGCCCCACAGUACAAUGUAACCAGAAAGUGACUACUUGUUAAAAGAAAGUUCUCGGCCAAAGUUGCAGCUAUGGAGAUACAGCAGAAACCUGCUAAUGACAAAUUCUCCAGAUUGAGUACAUUUCCUUGUACUUUUAAUCUCAGUCUACCUCAGAUGAUCACAGUCAAAAGAAUGAAUCUUUUGAAGAAAAAGCUCCCCAAAGAACUAGAAGAUGAUAACCUAAAAGAAGAGAGUGUUCAGACAUUAAAUUUUAUUUCAUGGAUUGAAUACCAAUUGAAUGGUGCAGAGUCAGCUUUAAAGUGGAAUAAAAAAGCACGUAAGAUUAAGAUACUUGAUUCUUUUGGGAAAGAAAUGAAUAAUAUCGCCACCAUUGCAAAUCAAGGGUAUUUGUUGCUGCUGUCACAUGAUGAAAUUGCUCCACUGGAAGUGAUUGAGAGGCUGGAAAAGUUGCCUUCACAAGAUGGUUACCAGAGUUUGAGAAAACGGGCCUUGGCUGAUCAAGCUUAUGCUUACUUUCGGAUGGGAGGUGUUUCCAAUUUAGCCAUGUCCAUAGAGCGGUAUGAAGAGGCUAUCGAGAGCCAGCUGGCUAGUCCGGAGGUACAUUUAUGGAAAUAUCAACUUGCUGUCGUGUACAGAAGAGCGUCCUGUGGAGAGAUUUUCUCUAAUCUUCCUGGAAACCGUCCUCUAAGUUACUACAAUGAAGGAGCUGAAAAACUAUUGCGUGAUGUGGCUGAAAACUGCUUGGAUUGUACACUUAAAGGGCGUGCUUUUGCUGAGUUGGUCUCCGUCAACCCUACAGACACUGUUUCCUGGGAGAAGGCUGUAGAAUGCAACAAAAAAUGUGGAGAUGUGUUUCUCCUGACCACAUUAGGUAAAGCAACAUCGACUGUGGACCCGGACAAGGCUAUUCAUGUAUUGAGAGAGUCUCUUAAGAUUCGACCAACUACAACUGCAUAUCACAAUUUAGCAAUUUGUUAUGAGAAAAAGGCAAAGGAUAAUUUGUUGAAAACAACCAACUGUGAUGAGCAGUUUCGAAAAUCUUCCAAAGUUGAACAAAAACGAAUGAAUGUGGUCAGCCUUCAGCUACAGAGAGAACAGGAAAUUCUAUUGGACAAGGACGAAGAAAUGAUUGCACAGGCACUAAAGUUUUACAAGGAAGCACAGAAACUUGAAGAUGGAGAGUAUACUCCUGCGAAGUAUGAUUAUGGACUUCUCUUGAAAGCUUGCGGUCUCACAGAAAAAGCUUUAAAACAGUUUAAUCAGAUCACAUCAAUUCAUUCAGGCUUCCUAGGCACAACCAUUUUUGCAUAUGAAGAAGCAGCCAGAUGUCUUCUCAUUUUGAGUGAAAGAGCACAAUCCAGUGGGUCCUGUCCUAAGUACAAACAGUUGAGAGAGGAAGCGGUAAAAAAGCUCUUGCAGGCUAUCAGUACUUCAGCUAACAUUGUUAAAGGCACCCACGCUAUGAAAUCACUGUCAGAAGAUAUUUGGGCUUUUUUAAAGCAUACGCAUGGCGGCGACAAAGUGGGAUCCAGUGAUGAAGCAGUCAAUAUAGAGACCGAAAAAAAAUUGCUCGACUUAAUGAGGCGGGUGGAACGGUAUGGAGAGGAAAUGCUUGGGGUGGUGAGAAAUCUGUUGAAAUACAGUGAGGAGCAACUGGAUGAUGAGAACGUGAUUGUGGCUGGAUUAGAAAGUUAUUUGAAAAUCCAAAACUUUGAUGAGGCAAUUGUGUUUCUUGAGAUGUGUCAAACUCGGCAUGCAACCCUUGAGAAUAACUUGUGGAUUAAAGACCCCCUCAAAUCUCUGAGCAUCAGAGUUCAGUUACUCGCUGCUCAGGAUAAAUUAUUGGGUAGAUGUGGUGAAGCUAUAGCUAUCUUCAAGUCUUUGUUUACAUCUCUGUACAAGAACAGAAGUAGUCCAGAUGUACUGGUUGUGUAUGAUGAUUCAAACGACAAUGAGAGUGGGAUGUCCCACACGUCUGAGGCGGCAAGCAGACUUCAGACUGUUAUGUGUGACUUGUUCGACCUGGACCUUAGCAGAAACUUGCAGAGCUGCAAUGAGUAUAACAAGACUGAACUGGAAGUCAUGUUUCAAGAGAUGGUAAAACCCAGAGUUGUUGUUCUACUGCUGGGGCAGGAACCUCUGGACAGUGAGUUUGAGUACCUUCUCACGUUGGUUCCGCAAAUCCACAUACACUGUGCUGAAAAGGGCCUUACCCAACCACACGUGGUUGUGGCAACGACAGAGAAGGAAGUAAACAUUCCGCCGCUCUUGGGCAGUCACCCUCGUCUUUGCAUCAGUGAGAUUUUAUCCAACCUGGUGACAAAAGAAACCAUAAAGGCAAAAGAUGAUGAGGCAGACAGUCAUCUGGGACAGGAUUGUGGGUUCAGCUCCUCGGUAACAAAUACCCUGAUGACUCUUUUCUGCUCCUUGACUGGCAACACUUGGCCGCUUCCAGAAGUUGAAAAACCUGCAGUGGAACUUUCUGGUGCCAGUGCAUAGUAAUAGAGUGGGUGGUUGGCAGGUGCUUUGCUCUUUCUUUUCCAUCGAACAUAUAUCAUCAUUAUGUCUCCUUCUUUUUUGUGUUUGUGACUCUCUUGUAUCACCUCUAAUAUUUGGCACUUUUUUCUUAUAUGACCUAAUGUAUUGCUAAUUCUGCAAAACUAUUACUUAAACAAAUAAACAGCAGUUGCUUGUGAAAAC